AUGGAAAAUCUGUACAAGGAGCCAAGUGUGACAUUUCCCUCUGACAUCUCACCGAGGCAACGACUGACGGAGAAAUUGCUGAAGAGAUACAAUAAGGGGGUCCGACCGGUCAAAGAAUGGAGCACAUCCACUACUAUUUACAUCGAUUUUGUGCUGCACGCUGUGCUGGAAGUGGAUGGGCAAAACCAGAAACUGAGGACCAGCGUCUGGUACCGACAGGUUUGGACAGAUGAGUUCCUGCGUUGGAAUCCCAAGAACUUUGACGGCAUCAGUGAAAUCUCGCUGCCCGCUCAGGCCCUCUGGGUUCCUGACAUCAUCAUCACUGAAUUCAUUGACGUGGGGAAGUCUCCGCACCUGCCGUACGUUUACCUGAACGCCUCUGGCGCCGUGAAUCAACACAAGCCCAUGCAGGUGGUCUCUGCCUGCAGCCUGGAGAUUUACGCUUUCCCCUUCGACACCCAGAACUGCACCUUCACCUUCUGCAGCUGGCUCCACACAGUAAAUGACGUCAAUCUCACUCUGUGGAGAAGCUUUGCGGAAAUUGAGAAAGAUACAAGAGUGUUCCUGGAUGAUGGAGAGUGGGAGCUCCUCUCUGUCCCUUCCAAGUAUGCACAGAUGCACCUUGAGGGCAGAGAUUACGCUCAGAUCCAGUUUAACGUGGUGAUAAGGCGGAGGCCGUUGCUGUACGUGGUGAGCUUGAUGCUGCCCAGCAUAUUCCUGAUGAUAGUGGACGUGAUCAGCUAUUACCUGCCUCCGAACAGCAGCGGCAGAAUUACCUUCAAAUCCAGCAUCCUCCUGGGAUACACCGUCUUCCGCAUGAACAUAUCUAACGACCUUCCGGCCACCGCCAUUCAAACUCCCCUGAUAGGAGUGUUCUUCACAGUCUGUAUGGCCCUACUCGUCAUCAGCCUAGCCCAGUCUAUCCUAGUGGUAAAACUUCUGGACAUGGAAGAGGGGACAGAGAUCAGCUCCUGCCUCUCCAGGCGCUGCCCAACGAGGGACAAUUCUUCCAGCCCAUCUACCGCGGACAGUCUGUGCCCCUCACUCAAGACCCCCGAAACAAUCAGCGACGAUGGAGAUUCUGAGGGGAAUUUCGGAGCGAUUGGUGAGCAAGAUGGGAGAGCGUUAGACCACGAGACUCGAUUGCCCACCAAAGGACCUGCCCAGGAGGUCCUGGAGGAGAUAACAUCCCUCAGACGGCAUCUGGAACAGCUGGAUGGUGGGACUGACCCUGCAAGCGAGUGGCUGGCUUUGUGCUACACACUUGACAGGCUCCUCUUCCGCCUGUACCUGCUCAUUCUCAGCGUUUACACCGUGACAAUGAGUUCCCUCUGGCUGAUAUGGAGCUCACCGUAGCUGAGGCACAAUGGCCCUGAGUCCUCAGAUGCAGUAGUUGUAGAAAUCUGGGACUUACAAGAAGAUCCUUCUCUCCCAUUGUAUCAUUGUCCAUGUGUUCAGCCUCUCUGCCCCCAACCUCUGGACCUCCAUC